AGCGGGCAUCGAGUCAACUGGCGGAACAGCAGGCACCGAGUCGUCUGGCAAGACUGCGGGCACCGAGUCAACAGGCACGACAGUGGGCACCGGGUCAUCAGGUAUCGGAUUGUCUGGCUCGACAGCGGGCAUCGGGUCACCAGGUAUGACAGCGGGCACUGGGUCACCAGGCAUCAGGUCAUUUGGCUUGCCAGUGGGCACCGCGUCAUCUGGCAAGGCAGUGGGCACCGGGUCACCAGGUACCGGAUCAUCUGGAUCAACAGCGGGCAUCGAGUCAACUGGCCUAAUAGGAUCGUCGGGCUGGAUCAGUUCAUCAUGCUGAGUAGCGGCAUCAGGCUGAAUGCAGGCAUCAGGCUGAAUGAGGAGAGGCAUCAGGCUGAGGAG